AAAGCUAACCUGAACCUAGUUACCUCCAUAGUUCGAACUAGGGUUUUGGGAAACAGUUGCGUCGCAACUGCAUAGUUUCAACUAAGGAAGCUGCUACCAUAGUUACCAUGAUGCUUUUGGAAAACGUACCCCUGGCUAAUUGGAAACAAUAGCUGGCCGAGCGAGGUUUUCCGACUUGUUGACUGGAACGCCCUCAACUCGGGUGUGACAGAAUUCCCAGCUCCGACUUCCGAGGAUGAGAAGAACCAGCUGAUGACAACUAACGUUUGGCUGUGUCAGGAGUGGAUCGACUACAAGCUGCGAUGGAAUCCAGAGAAAUACGGAGGAAUCACUUCCAUCAGAGUUCCCUCUGAAAAUAUCUGGCUCCCAGACAUCGUCCUCUAUGAAAAUGCUGAUGGGCGGUUUGAGGGCUCCCUGAUGACCAAAGCCAUUGUCAGGUUCAACGGUGCCAUCACCUGGACGCCACCAGCUAGUUACAAAUCCGCCUGCACGAUGGACGUCACCUUCUUCCCUUUUGACCGCCAGAACUGCACCAUGAAGUUUGGCUCCUGGACAUACGAUGGCAACAUGGUUGACCUGAUUCUGAUAGACAACCAGGUAGACCGGAAGGACUUCUUCGAUAAUGGGGAGUGGCAGAUCCUUAAUGCCACUGGUGCCAGAGGGAACAGGAAGGAUGACUUGUAUUCGUACCCCUUCAUCACGUAUUCGUUCAUUCUGAAGAGGUUGCCGUUGUUCUACACACUCUUUCUCAUCAUCCCCUGUUUGGGUUUGUCCUUCCUGACUGUCCUGGUGUUUUACCUUCCCUCAGAUGAAGGAGAGAAGCUGUCACUCUCGACCUCUGUCCUAGUGUCGCUCACUGUGUUCCUCCUGGUCAUAGAAGAAAUCAUUCCCUCCUCCUCCAAGGUGAUCCCGCUCAUUGGAGAGUACUUGCUGUUCAUCAUGAUCUUUGUCACACUCUCAAUCAUAGUCACUGUCUUUGUCAUCAACGUGCACCACCGCUCCUCAGCCACCUACCACCCCAUGUCGCCGUGGGUUCGCAAUCUCUUCCUUCAGAAGCUGCCGAGGUUGCUCUGCAUGCGUGGACACACUGACCGCUACCACUACCCGGAGAUGGCUCCUGAGAGCCCUGAGGUGAAGGCUCGCUCUGGAGGUCGGAGAGGAGGCCAGAGGGCGAACAGUGGGGCCCACGGACAGACUACUUCCGAGGGGAAGGAGGACGAGGCCUGGGCGACCAUGUUGGACAAGGCAAUCUACUCAGUGCGCUACAUCAGCAGACAUAUCCGCAAAGAACACUUCAUCCGUGAGGUGGUACAAGACUGGAAGUUUGUGGCGCAGGUGCUAGACAGGAUUUUCCUGUGGGCUUUCCUCACCGUCUUAGUACUUGGCACUAUCCUCAUCUUCACUCCAGCCCUGCAGAAGUUUAUGAAAAUCCCUCCUCCAACUGGAAGUGAGGAUCCACCUUCAAACUAGUAGCAAUAACACACCGCUUUCACAGGCAACUCAUGAUCCAACUUUAAUAAUCUGUAAGACAUUUGUGACCACUGAGCAAGAUGAAGCCACUGCAGGUGUUUUUUAAAGGAGAACUUUGACUCUUUGAUUUUUAGUUAGUUAGGUUUCUUUUCUAGACCUACUAUGUGAAAUUGUCAUUCAAGUCAGAAUGUGUAUAAUUUGUAUGCACAUUAAGGCAUAUUGCAAAGUAUUAGGAUGGCAUAUAGUUUUGUUUUGUAGAUAAAUAAGACAAUCUUAGCCAUAAAAAUUCUAAUUCUACACAUAGCGGCUUUAAGUAGCAUGCAGUAUGCAACCAGUACACUAGAUUACACAUGCUGGUAAUUUUAGAAAGGCAUUUAAGCCAAAAAACAAAAAAAAGUUAUGACUGGCUUGACCUGUGUACUUAGCUGACUUCCUCAUUAUCGUUUUAUGUUUCUAAUUGACCUGGCCUUUGAUUUGAUGUAUGUGGUGGACUUGUUUUAUUCACCUGGCUGCAAAAUAAAUUUCCUCUCUGGGAUAGUACAGUUUAAAAAAUCAACCAUCUAAAGUUUCCAAAGUCAAGCUAUUACUUCAAUAAUGAGUUAAUUGUACACAUAGCUGUUCUAUCACGAUCACAAGAGUGAGAAAGGAUUAUUCUUGUUACCAUAUACCUGAAGCACAACAUACCUCCUACUGUUUUUUUAAUAAGAAAAAGAAAAUGGUUUAAUCUCUCAAGGUACCAACAACAUAUAAACUACCUUACACAGCUAUUACAGAUGCAACAACCUUUUACACAUUUGCAAUGCCUUUGAAGACGUUAGCAUACUUGAGGGAAAUAAAGUCAUUAAGUGAUUGAUCAGGGCUCUUAAUUUGUGAUCUUCUAUCUGAACAGCUUGUACUGUUCAUAUUAGUUAAAAUGCUGUGUCCUUGUCUUUCUAACCUUACUCAGUUAUAAAAUGUGUUCUAUUUUUGUUAUUGCAGUUAAUGAAACUAUUGCAAGCAGUGAAACUAUGUAAAGCAGCAUAACUGCAUUAAUGGAUAAGUGAAGACUUAAUGGACAUUUCUUCUUUAAAUUACACAGUCCUCAAACAUACAGUAUUUGUAUUGUUCAGAUGUACUUUAUCACACUAAUAAAGUUGUUUUAAAUA